AUGACUCGAAUCCUUCCAAAUGACGAAUAUUCUCCUGUUCAGCAGGCACGAGUCACCCUCAUAAGUCCUGCUACUGCGAGAGGAUGGGAUGUUCCAGCAGAGACAGCGAGCACAAACCGCACUCCCUUUCGCAGAGCGCGUCUUGGAUCGGUCCCCUUAGAAGCUGAUGUAUUAGAGCGAAUGUCAGACCUGUCCGUGAAUGAAGAUUUGGAAGAACCGCUAGAUGCGCGGCGGACAGGUGGUAUAAGAGGUUUGAUUCGACGUGCUUCAGUAUCCAUAAAGAACAGAAAGAGGAGACAUUCGCAUGCCACGGAAGAACGUCCAUCCUCUUCAUCCUCCCCUUGGCACAGACUACGACAAGCCACAAGUUUCAACAGAAAUUCGAGGAUGAUACCAUCUCACUUCAAUUUUGAGGGCCCUGUAGAUUCUUGCUCAGAAUUGGCUUCCCCGACACCUGGACAUGGCGGCGCACCUCCAGUUAUACCGACUGGGACUGGUGGAGCCGCGAGAGCUACUGCAGCUGCCCAGAAUCUCUUCAAAAAUCGAAACUUUUUGAGAUCUGAAGACACACAACAGAAUGAUAGGGAAAGUGCUAUUGGCAUAGCGGUCAGUACGUUAAUCGACUCGAUACACGCCCAAGACACGUCAAUUAGUCGGGUUGAUUUUAUAGGAUGCCUUCCAAUGGAACUCGCUACUCAAAUACUAUCUUAUCUGGAUCAUAAGUCUCUACGCAGAGUGGAACAGGUUUCUCGCAAGUGGGCAUUUAUGGCAGGAUCAAAACACGUUUGGCGGGAGACUUUCUUGAGAGAGAAAUCAAGAGCUUAUGCUAUGCCCCAUCCAGUUAUUCCAGGAGUGGGAGAUGGUGUCCCAGCUUUGGAUCCUGAAACGGACUGGAAAGAAAUUUAUCGCAUUAGGCAAAAGUUGGACGACAGAUGGAUUCUUGGCGAAUCGACACCAACUUAUCUCCUUGGGCAUACGGACAGUAUCUAUUGCACCCAAUUCGAUGAGCACAAAAUCAUCACUGGUUCUAGAGAUAGAACGAUUCGUGUGUGGGAUAUCAAAACUUACAAGUGUGUCUUGGUCAUUGGACCUCCAGCUAUUGUGAACAAUCCGGCUCUCUUGACCGCUCCUGACGGAAGUCUUGCACAUUAUGCGACAGGUCCAGUCGAACGAGGUCCAGAUGAAUUACGACAACCUGGUAGUAAACCACGAACUGUCUCUUUCCCAAUGCAUCACAAUGCAUCGAUCUUGUGUCUUCAGUACGACGAUGAUAUCCUUGUAACUGGUUCAUCAGACGGUACAUGUAUCAUGUACGACAUUAAGAAAGGAUACGAACCAAUUAUGCGUCUGGAACACCACACUGCAGCUGUACUUGAUCUCGCAUUCGAUGAACGAUACAUUGUUACAUGUUCUAAAGAUGUCAGUAUCUGUAUUUGGGAUCGUCGCUCGGGUCAGUUGAUAAAACAAGUUCGUGGUCAUUCAGGUCCAGUUAAUGCAGUACAGUUGAGGGGAAAUUCUAUUGUAAGCUGCAGUGGAGAUUUCCGAGUCAAGUUAUGGAACAUCGAUACGGGGAAGAAUAUUCGAGAAUUCUCACGUCAUACCAAAGGUCUCGCUUGCAGUCAAUUUUCCGAAGAUUCAAAAUAUAUCGCGUCGGCUGGUAACGAUAAAACUAUUCGUAUUUGGAAUGCCAAUACUGGGGAGUGCUUAAAAUUAAUCAAUGCUCAUGAGAAUUUGGUACGAUCUUUACAUAUCGAUUCAAUUAGUGGAAGAUUAAUCUCUGGAAGUUAUGAUCAGGAUAUUAAGGUCUGGGAUAUGGAAACGGGAGGUUUGUUACUAGACUUUCCAAAGUGGCAUGCCAGUUGGGUGUUGGGGGCCAAGAGUGAUUAUAGAAGAAUUGUUAGUACUGGGCAGGAUCCCAAGAUUCUGGUUAUGGAUUUUGGAGCUGGAUUGAAGGGAAUUGAGAAGUUGGAGAGUGGGCCCAGAAUUGGGAUUUGA